AUGAAGAGGAAGCAGAGAGCCUCGGCGGCCGCCGCCAACGCGGACAACGACUCCGACGCCGACGAGCCCUCUCAAACCCCGCUCCCCCUCGAGUCCUUCUCUGGCGACGCCUGCGCCGCCCUCACAGCUCGCUACGGCCGCUCAGCCGCCCCGCAGCACCGCCACCUCCUCGCCUCAGGCGCCGCCAUCCGCUCCAUCCUCCUCGACGACGGCCUGCCGCUUACCCCAGCGUCCUACCUCCCCGCGGCCGUCUCUGCCCUUCGUGCCGCCGGGUCUGCAGACCCCGCCGCCGCCGCCGCCCUCGCCUCUCUGCUUGUCAUCCUGCUGCCCCACAUCCCAUCCUCCCCUUCGUCCCUCCCGCCAGACGCCGCCUCCGAAUCUGCCUCCGCACUCGCCGCCUUCCUGUCGUCCCCCGACGCCUCCCGGCUCACGACAGGCACCGUGCGCUCGGUGGUCAAGUCCCUCGGCCACUUGACCCUCCAUCUCGAUGCUGCAACUGAUUGGGAUGCUGUGGCGGCACCUCUGGAAGCUCUCCUUGCGGCUUCUGUGGACCAGCGGGCCAAGGUUCGAAAAUGCGCGCAGGAGAGUGUUGAAAAGCUGUUUGCUUACUUGGGACAGUGUGAUUCCACGAAGAAAGCUAGCAAUGCUGCAACUGGCAUGUUUGAGAAGCACAUUUCUUCAGCCCAAAGUCUUAUCCAUUCGAAUAUAGAUAUUUCGGAGGGUAAAGAGACAGAAGCGGCUCAUAUGCUAGGUACAAUGGUGAAUUUAGUUCCAUAUCUAUCAAAGAAGGCAAGGAAGAAGGUGUUCUUGGAUGCUUAUCAGUUAUUGGGCCCUUGUUUUACCCCACUUACGAGGCACGUCCUAAGGCUUUUGGCAACCUUGUUGGAUCAUCUGAAGGCUGAAGGUGUUGAAUCCGAGGUGGAGAGUCUUGUAUCCUCGGUGGUUGCUUACCUGCCUUAUGAUGAGAAGAAGCCUGAUGAUACCAUUGUCUCAGCAUUUCACCUAAUUAAAAUUUGCUUGGAUAAACUUGUUGGCCGCUCAAAGUUGUGGAUGGAAGUUUUUCCAACUGCAUUCGAGGCAGUUUCAGGAUACUUAAUUCUGGGCAGAAAAUGUUCGGAUGAUAUAGCAAAAGUUGUGCAAGACUGUAUUGAUUCUCAUAUUGACCAAAAUGUUUUUGUCGCUAAUGGACCACAGAUAACCAACAGUGGCUUUGAGGGUUUGAGUGAUCAAAGUGCCAUGAAAUCAAUCUGUUUAACAAUCAACAGCAGACUUCACACGUGUGCUUAUCCUCCGGAUAGUAUCUUAACAGUAGUAUUGGGUUUAUUUCUGAAACUUGGAGAAAGCUCUUUUAUCUUUAUGAAAGAUAUCCUACUUACUUUGGCAAAGUUUGCUAUGAAAGUGGACAAAGAAUCACAACUGAGGAAUGUUGAAGAAUGCAUUGGAGCAGCAGUGAUUGCUAUGGGACCAGAUAAAGCACUUUCAUUACUUCCAAUAGCUUUUGAUGAAAACCGGUUGACAUGCUCAAACACUUGGCUUCUACCUAUUCUGGACAAGUAUACAUACGGAGCUCCGCUGCAAUUUUUUCUAGAGCAUAUUGUACCACUAGCAAAAUCUGUACAAAAUGCAUCUAACAGGGUCAAGAAAGAAAGGAAACGUAAAGAGUUGCAAUCUUGGACUGAUCAACUGUGGAACUUGCUUCCUUCCUUCUGCCGCUAUCCGAUUGAUGUACAUCAUAGCUUUGGUUCCCUGUCCAAGUUGCUGGUGGAGAUUUCAAAGUGUGAUGACUGUCUAUACAAAUCUGCUGUUAAAGCCCUGCAGCAACUUCUAGAUGGGACCAGAAGAUUAAGUACUGGUGGUCAAGACGUUGAAAUCUAUAUGGAACUUUCAGCCUUGUUCUCCUCAAAACCUGAUAGCUUCAAAUGUGCACGUUUAGAUAGGUGCUCCAAAAAAGAUGCCCGCAAGAACUUGAAAGUUCUAGCAUCACAUUCUACCAGUCUUCUCUGCACUUUCACGGAAUAUUUCCUUGACUCCUCACCUGAAAAGCGUGCUCAUUUGAAGGUUGCUUUGAGAUGCCUGGCUCAACUUUCUGGUAGCAUGAACAUAUGUGAGCUUUUUGUUUCACUAGUCAAAAGGUUUGAUUUAGAAGAUACUCCAUUGGAGCCAGAAUGCAAAACCGAUGAAGAAGAUAGGAUGGAUGAACUUGUCAAAAAGGAAGAUAGGAAGGAUGAAGAAAGUACUGAAUUCAAAACUGGUAAGGUAGAUAGGAAGGAUGGAGAAAGUACUGAAUGCAAAACUGAUGAGAAUGAGAUAGACAGGAAGGACGAAGAAGGUACUGAUGCAACAGUGGAGCUAAAUAAUAAGAGGUUUCUUCUAUUAGAACUCAUUUCCACAUUUGUUGAAGUUGCUGAUGAGGAUCUGCUUGAUAAACUUUUUGGAUUUAUCAAGUCUUGUUUGCUGGACAGCAGCAUGUCUUGUCACAGUAAAGCUCUCUUCGCGUUAAGCAUAAUUGUGAAGGAACAUAGUGAAUAUUCUUUGGCUCAUUUGGAUGAAAUGAUGCUAUUGCUUCAUGGAAUGAAGUCAGCUUUGGAUAGCACAGUUUUAGAAAGCCAACUAUUAUGCUACCAGCAUUUAUUGGUUCACAUGAUUAAGGUUAAUGAAGAGAACACCAGCAAGAAGGCAUUCUUGAUUCUAAAUGAGCUAAUAGUUGCACUAAAGUCUAAGAAGGAAAGUAGAAAAUUAGCGUAUGAUGUGCUCCUGGCAACUAGUACAAACUUGAGGAGCUCAGAGUCAAAUAGUGCAGAUUUAGAUCUUCAACGACUGUUUACAAUGGUAAUGGGAUAUCUUUCAAGUCCAUCUCCUCACAUAGUGAGUGGAGCAAUUGCUGCACUAUCAUUGCUUAUAUACAGUGAUGCUAAUUUUUGCAUGGAAGUACCGAAUCUGAUAGAGUCAGUAUUAGUUUUGCUGCAACAUAAAGCCAUUGAAGUAACUAAAGCAGCCUUGGGCUUUGUCAAGGUAUUGGUAACUUCUUUGCAACCACAAAAACUAUUGAACUUGCAAGCAGAUAUCGUAAGUGGGAUAUUACCAUGGUCAUUGGUUACAAAGCACCAUUUCAAAGGGAAGGUUGUACUAAUAUUAGAAAUAUUGAUUAGGAAAUGCAGGUUUGAUGCUAUCAACUUAAUUACACCUGACAAGUUCAAGGGCUUUGUUAGAAGUGUUGAAGAGGGUCGCAAAGGAAAUCGUAACCAAACUGAUGGUGCACAUCUCGAGGCAAAAGAACAUGAGCAACGUGAUGGCAAAAGGAGGAAACGGGUUGACUCUAAUGCUGAAACUGGACAAGAUGGAACACCUAGUCGACCACCACCAAAUAGUUGGUCAACUGGGAAGAAGCAGGGCAGGGAUUUUCAUUUGAAGAAAAGGACAGGGAGAGGCAACCCUCAUGCUGCAAAAAGGCAUCAAAGCAGAGAUUCAGGUGGCAAAGGCGAUAGGACUAAUUUCAAGCCAAAGUCAAAAUGGCAACCAGGAAAUAGCCAAGGAAACAGAGGCAAUAAAUCGCCUGGCAGCAACCAAAAAAGAACCAGGGGCGGUGCCUCCAGCAAGAUGCAAAAUAGUGAGGCUCGAGCACCUGGGCACUCUCCUAGUUUCAAGAAGCGUAAGAGAUCGACAGCAUAA